AUGCUCGCCAUUAAUCUCAUUUUAAUCGAGCUGUCACAAUGCGUGCGCUGCAGACACACCGCUUCUUUUGCUUCUUCUUCUCUGCUUUGCGAGAACAGCUCAGCUGGCACUGUCACCUCGUUGGCUCGACGCAUUACAUCCAGACUCGACUCAUCCGAACAUGCCGAGUUAGACGAAGCUGUGUCGAGACGAACGAAAAUGAAGCGUAAAAGCCAUGCACUAGGGUCUUCGGAUCCUGCCUCUGGCAAAAGCGCAAGAGGCAGGCAACCUCUUCAAUUGCUCACGGCGGAGCAGCGCAGCCGGCUCCCAUACACCUUACCAAAAGAUUCUUCUGCCGGAGCAGACGACCCAUCGACCGUGUGUCGGGAGGAAUGUAGACCCUCGGUCGGCUCCAUUGCGUCAGUCUCGGAGCUCGCGGCCCAGAAUGAGGGUCUAAGUCCAAGGGACAGGCAGAAAUCAUUGUCGAGUCCGAACAGCAUCGAGGAACCGAGCAAUGAUGAGCCCGAGCAGCGCGUACCUUUCUCGCUUUGGGCUUCUUCCAUCGUUGACAUGGUGCAAUGCGAUCCGCUCUUUCCGACUAAGCCCGUGUCGAUUGCCACAAGCCGAUCAGGUGCAGUCACUGCGCUUCUGCUCAAGAAGGGAUUUCUCCGGCAAUCAGCACGCCCAGACGUGCUCGUCGCAGCCCUCGACAACUUCAUGAGACUGCAGACAGCGUCUGCAGCGGGCAGCUCACUUCGGGCUUACUACAUCUUUGACGGUCUCGGAACCGAAUGCCGUGUGCUCGACGAUUCACUCGCCGUCGUAAAGGUGACAUAUCUCGGAGCGUGUUCGAUCAACAGCAUCGAGCACAUCGAUACAGCAACACAUGUUCGAGUGUCCUUGACACUCAUUCACGGCAAAAGGUCGGUCCCAGAAUCGUCAUCUCCCUCUGACUUUUCACUAUUGCGCAAAGUGGAUCAUUCCUUUUUGGGAUUCCGGUGUCGCGUCUGCGGACGAGCAAAUCGCAAGGACAGCUUGAAGAAAGUCAACUGCCUACAUUGUGCUACUGCUUUCACGAUUACCGACGAACAAGCCCCCACGCUCUUACCGCAGAGUCGCAAAAUGGAGCUGCGGUUCACGGGUUGCAGCAGCGACCUUGGACAAGCCAACAUCCUCUUGGCUGAGAACGCCAUCACUCAGCGUUCAGUCUCGACCUUCUCCGAUGGUGUUCGGAUCGAUGCGACGGCUUUUCCGACGACUAGCAGGUGCUUUGGCGUCGUCUCGCUGUCCGAGUCGACUGUCGUCUCCAUCAAGUCCACGAAUCCAAACGACACUGCGGCCGUUGCCAAAGGACGGCAACAAAAGGAGUCCUCGCUCGGAUCCUUCGUAAUGCAACCACGAGAAGCAUUGGUGGCACGAAAUGAUCUACUUCAAUCUGUAGAGAUGAUGGUCAAAGCGGCUCUCCGCUUCGUAGCAAUCGAAGAUCCUCGAUCUGCAAUGUCUUCGGGGUGCAUGAACCACAAAGCCACGCGUAGUGACGGCAAGCGUCCAAAUUCAAUUGAGUUUCUGAUCAGGGGAAAUUCGUCGCUAAAAGGUUUGAACCGACUGAGUCGUAGUGGCGAAUAUCAAGCAAGACAAACAGCUCGAUCUGUCCAGAUCAAAUCGGUGCACGAAAUAUGA